GAAGCCACUGAAGUAGCCAAUCGGCAGAAAUCGCAAUUUUAAUGCGAGAAACGCGCGAAGUGUCUGUUUCGCGUGUUGUGUUGCCGUUGGUGAGCAUCAUGGGUGAAGUUCGGGCGGCUGUUGCCGAGUUGUCGCAAGAAGAGGCCAACAUCUACGAUCGUCAGAUACGCCUGUGGGGUUUGGAGUCGCAGAAGCGGUUGCGAGCUGUGAGAGUUCUGGUUGCCGGCUUGAAUGGCCUCGGAGCCGAAGUGGCGAAGAAUUUGGUCCUGGCAGGCAUCAAGUCCAUAACCCUGCUCGAUAACCACAAUGUCAGCGACGAUGACUUUGCGGCCCAGUUCAUGAUCGACAGGGGAGACGUCGGCAAAAACAGAGCGCACAGUUCAAAGGCAUACACGAAGAACCUGAAUCCCAUGGUUGAGGUGGAGUCGGAAGAGGGCGAGUUGGUGAACAAGGACGACGAUUACUUCCGCAAGUUUGACAUCGUGUGCUGCGCCGUGAGCCUCUCCACGGAAGACCUCAUCAAGGUCAACGCCCGCUGUCGUAAUCUUGGCGUCAAGUUCUUCUGUGGCCACGUGUGGGGCUUCUUCGGCUACUACUUCAGCGAUCUCAUUCAACACUCCUACACUCAGGAAGUGCCCAAACUCGCAAAGGCUGUGGGUCCUGGCCCUGCCAAGAAACGAAAGAUGGAAGACGACACAAGUGCAGUGAUCCAAAAAGUAAUGACAUGUGUACCACUUUCAAGAGCGCUUCAAGUGAAGGCAGGCAAAGCAAGCACCGGCCUGGACAGGAAGACGUCGCCUCUUUUCUUUCUGCUUCAUGUCCUACUGCGCUUCUACGACAAGCACCGUGUCAAUCCUUGCGAGUUGGACAAGGAAAAGCUGGUGCAACUGAGGGGCGAUGUGGCGGCAGACCUGGCCAUCGACAAGGAACGCAUACCUGAGAGUCUCUUCAACACCAUUUCUAAGGAAAUGGGUGCCACGAGCGCUGUUGUUGGAGGUGUCCUGGCUCAGGACAUUAUCAAGGUCGCAUCGUGCAAGGACCCACCGCUGAAAAACUUUUUCCUUUUCGAUGGCUUCGAGUGCUGCGGUCUCCAGGAGAACAUUGGCCGGUGACUGGAUAUGUUUCUCAUCACCAUUGCAUUGAACCAUCAUCAUUCAUAACACACCAGGGCAGUGAAAGAAAUAAAACUUGCAUAAUACG